AUGGAGACGCAGCGCUACGACCACCUCGACGGCGUGCUCGGCAUCAUCGAGCUGAAACUGAACGACCUAGCUUCAGCCAUACCUGUGGCCCAGAGGAUCGCCAACAUCGAGGAGAAGAUCCAACUGGACACCCUGGCUCCCCCCGAGAAGAAGAGCCGCAAAGGCAAGGCCAAGAGCCGAGCUCCGGUCGGGCAGCCCAGGCGUCGAGACCGGCUCACUGCUACGGACAUCGGCUUCCAGUGCUCCAUCAUCGACGGCUGCGUCUUCUACCUGAGGGGCCACAAGGGUCUGCGCGGGAUCAUGGGCCUCACGGUGGACGACGCCGUUAACGGAGGCGACAAGCAAUUCGAGGAGGCUUGCGAGAAGUUGCGCAUGUGGUUCUCUUUCGGAGCCUUGUUUUACAAGAAGGGCAAAUACACGGGCAAGAAAUUGGUGCAAUCCUUGGGCAACAGCGAAAUCACGGAAUCUCAGAGUCGAAGCUCGGCGGACAUCCAACUGAUCGGCAUAUUUACGGAGCGACGUAAG